AUGUUGAGGCAGACAUUGGCUCGGUCGGCUUGGCGGACUGGCAAGCACCCGGCCAGUGCGGCCUGCCGAGCCUUUUCGGCGACAGCUCAGAGACCUGCGGAGGUCGAACUCACAAUUGAUGGAAAGAAGGUUUCUAUUGAGGCCGGGUCUGCCUUGAUCCAAGCUUGCGAAAAGGCCGGCGUCACCAUCCCAAGAUACUGCUACCAUGAGAAACUCAUGAUUGCCGGAAACUGCCGCAUGUGCCUGGUCGAAGUCGAGCGGUCACCCAAGCCCGUUGCCUCGUGCGCCUGGCCUGUACAACCUGGCAUGGUCGUCAAGACCAACUCUCCCCUGACACACAAGGCGCGCGAAGGCGUAAUGGAGUUCCUGCUAGCGAACCAUCCGCUGGACUGCCCCAUCUGCGACCAGGGUGGCGAAUGCGAUCUCCAAGAUCAGUCGAUGCGAUACGGCGCUGACCGUGGCCGGUUCCACGAGAUCGGAGGAAAGCGCGCAGUAGAGGAUAAGAAUAUCGGGCCCCUCAUCAAAACGUCGAUGAACAGGUGUAUCCACUGCACAAGAUGUGUGCGGUUCGCCAAUGACAUAGCCGGUGCUCCAGAGCUCGGUUCGACAGGCCGCGGCAAUGACCUGCAGAUUGGGACGUACCUCGAACAGAAUCUCGACUCUGAACUCUCCGGUAACGUUAUCGACCUUUGCCCCGUUGGAGCCCUGACAUCGAAGCCCUACGCCUUCCGAGCCCGACCUUGGGAGCUCAAGCGCACCGAAUCGAUUGACGUUCUGGAUGGUCUCGGCUCUAAUAUUCGUGUGGACUCGCGUGGCCUAGAGGUCAUGCGCAUCCUUCCCCGGCUCAACGACGACGUUAAUGAGGAAUGGAUCAAUGACAAGACCAGGUUCGCCUGCGAUGGUCUCAAGACGCAGAGACUCACGAUCCCCCUGGUGCGAAGGGAAGGCAAGUUUGAGCCCGCGACAUGGGAGCAAGCCCUCACCGAGCUCGCUCACGCGUACCAGACGCUGGCUCCCAAAGACCACGAAUUCAAGGUCAUAGCCGGUGAGCUCACCGAGGUUGAGUCGCUCGUCGCCAUGAAGGAUCUUGCAAACAGGCUUGGCUCGGAAAAUCUUGCCCUUGACAUGCCGUCUGGCAACCGACCGAUUGCGCACGGUAUUGAUGUGCGGUCAAAUUACCUCUUUAACUCCAGAAUCUGGGGCAUUGAGUCUGCGGACUGCAUGCUCCUGAUCGGCACGAAUCCGAGACACGAGGCCGCCGUCCUGAACGCCCGCAUCAGGAAGCAGUGGCUACGGUCAGACCUCGAGAUCGGUGUCGUUGGUGAGACAUGGGACUCUACCUUUGGGUUUGAGCACCUGGGUACGGACCUAGCGGCCCUCAAGAAAGCGCUGUCUGGUCCGUUCGGCAAGAAGCUCCAGGCGGCCAAGAGACCCAUGAUCAUUGUGGGCUCUGGUGUUACCGAGCAUCCUGAUGCCAAGGCCUUCUACGAGCUCGUCGGCAGCUUCGUCGACAAGAACGCGGCCAAUUUCUUGACCGAAGAGUGGAAUGGGUACAACGUCCUCCAGCGGGCCGCUUCACGGGCUGGCGCGUAUGAGGUUGGCUUUGUCACCUCGUCGCCCGAGAUUCUCGAAGCCAAGCCCAAGUUCGUCUGGCUCCUGGGCGCCGACGAGCUCAGCGAGGGCGACAUUCCCAAGGACGCCUUCGUUGUUUACCAAGGCCACCACGGCGACCGGGGCGCCCAGAUUGCGGACAUUAUCCUGCCCGGCGCUGCGUACACGGAGAAGGCCGGCACAUAUGUCAACACGGAGGGCCGUGUGCAGAUGACGCGUGCCGCGACCGGUCUGCCCGGCGCCGCCCGCACGGACUGGAAGAUCAUCCGUGCGGCGAGCGAAUUCCUCGGUGUUCCUUUGCCGUACGACGACGUAGCCCAGCUCAGGGACCGGAUGGUCGAGAUCAGCCCGGCCCUCGCUGCGUACGAUGUUGUAGAGCCAGUUGCGCUGCCGCAGCUGAGCAAGGUGCAGCUGGUGGACCAGAACAAGGGCGCCAAGGCCACCGGCAGGCCGCUGAAGAGGGUGAUAGAGAACUUCUACUUUACUGAUGUCAUUUCAAGAAGCUCACCAACCAUGGCGCGCUGCUCGGCGGCCAAGGAGACGGGUGAUCCCCGAACCAACUUCAUGGCGCCUGGCAUGGAGGAGGAUAGGCCGAUGGGUCAGGUCGCAUAUGGGGCGUAG